AGAUGUUCGUUUGCAAUGUUUACAUGCUGACAAAUUAAUGACGCGGAACGAACAGCUUGACAAAUACUCAUCGAUUAGUUUUUGACUUCAAUUCACGGACUUCAUAAUAGUUUCAAGGUCGACCCCUUAUAACACAGAAUUUAGUCUUCCAACUAAGUACACACACUCAGAGUAUUUUUAAAUAAUAGUUUAAAGUCCAUAUCUACUUUUAUCAGAAAAUGUCAAUUGAUUAUGAAAAGUAUGAAGAAAAAAUACCAGAAGUGGAAUACUGGUAUCCACAAGCAAUUGUUUAUGAUCCGAUUAAAGCUGGCAGUAUAGAUGGUACUGAUAUUGAACCACAUGAUAAUGGAAUUAAUAGAGCUAUAAAUUCCAAUUAUAAAACGUCUUACAAAGUAAAAGGAAAUCCUCUACAUACCAUAUUUGUUGGCCGAUUAAGUUUAGAUACAACAGAAAAAGAUUUAGAAAAUGAAUUUUGUCGUUAUGGUAAAAUGAUAGCUUUAAGGUUGGUCAGAGAUAUUAUAACAGGUUUAAGUAAACGAUAUGCUUUUAUAGAGUACGAAACAUCUGAAAUGGCAUUGAAUACUUAUUUACGUUGUAAAUCAUUAAUAUUAAAGAACUCUAAAAUAUUUGUAGACUUUGAAUGUGGACGGUUACUACCUGGAUGGAAACCUCGAAGAUUAGGUGGAGGUUUUGGAGGUGAAAAACAAUCAGGUCAACUUAGAUUUGGUGGUAGAAUCAGAAAUUUUAAACCACCGUUAAAUCUAGUUGAGUUCAAUAACAAAAGAAUAUGUAAUGAGGAAAGCGAUGAAGUAGAAUCAAAUACAACUUCUCCUUCUAUGCAUAGUGUGAAUUCAAAUUCUGUCAGUGUUUUAACUACAUCUGCACCUACAAUCAUAUCCUUACCAUUAACACCGCCAUCACAACCAGCUGUAGUUUUACCAUUAACACCUCCUUCGUGUUCAAAUGUAUUUUUACCAUUAUCACCUCCUUCACAAUCAAUAAUUGUCUUACCUUUAACACCUCCUUCAAAUUCAACUGUCACAUUACCACUUACACCACCAUCACAUUCAACCACAUCAUUACCUUUAACACCACCUUCAAAUUCAAUUCCACACCUUUAACAUUAAAUUAAAUUUUUUAAUAUACUUAUUGAAAAUU